AGGCUGAGCGCUGCUCAGACACUGAGACUGAUCUUGCUUCUCCAGCACGGUUUAGUCCAUUCACAGCUGAGACAGACUUUGUGCCAGAUCCUAUUUGACUCCUGUGAUCUCUGCAUCUUUCUAAAGUGGUGAGAUCCAAAUCCGCACAGAAAGAUGCAAACUGUGGUUUUGACCUUGUGCCUGGUGGUCGUGGCGUUGGCCAAUCCUCUUCGGAAAGCCAGAGACCUGGAGAGUGGUAGUCGGGAGAAUAACUAUCGUUAUUAUGGACAGUUUUAUCCACCUUUAUACAGACCUUAUUAUCCUUUUCAGCCUGGAUACCCCAGGGUACCAUUCAGUCCAUAUUACCCCAUCUAUCCCCAAUUCCCUGGCUACUUCCCAAGCUACAACAAACUCCCUCAGUAUCCAAACUUCCCUCAGUAUCCAAACUAUGGACCUGUAUAUAAUGGGUUUUCAAGGAAUUCCAAUUCCGAACUCUCCAAGAUAAAGGAAGAUAAUAUUGUGGGACAAGGUGAUCCACAAGAAUAUUCUGUGCUAAGCAAUCCUAGACCUCUCAGCAUAAGUUCUGAGGUUUCAUUUGAAGAUUCAAGCAGUAUGGAAUAUACUGAUUUCAUGCCCUAUGAGAAUGUCCCAUAUGGUGGGCCGGGUUAUGAGGUCCCUGGAGAUCCAGAUAAUGAGGAACCGUUCGCACCAGAUAAUGAGGACUCCUUUCUACCAGGUAAUGAGGGACCUUUUACACCAAGUGUUGAUCCCAAUGCUGUGGAUGUUGGGGUUGAACAGGAAUCGGAGACUGAUGUUUCGAAUCCAGAGCAACCUGUCCUCCCAUACACUGACUCUGUGCAAGGAGGGGACCCAUUGGGCUCAAACGUUGAAGAUGAUUCUGUGAUCAGUGAGAGCCACAAGGGGCUGAACCAACAAAACACAAUCUCUGAGCACAGAUUGGACGUGAACCGUGAUGGAAACAUGAAUAAUGAACAAUUUGCCAAUCAGCAAAUGUCAAAUGGAAAUUUGGACGAAGAUGAUCAAACUGAAGAGGAUGAGGCUUGGAAUGUUGGUUUCAGCUUAGUGGAUGUGGACUCAAUUGGCCUUUCCAAUGAUUAUGACGUUGAUGGAAUUGAAGAAGCUGAUUCCAAUAAGGAGGAUAAUGACGAGGAAUCAAAUGAAGAUAACAGUGAACAAAAUGAAGCCGAGGACAGUAAUCCCUACCUGGUCCUCCAGGAUGCUGAUUAACUGAAUUAAAGGAGAUGGUGGACGUAAGGUUCGGUUCCUUGUCCAUGUUCUAGUCUUUGCUCUAUUCAACGUGGUGCUGAUGGACAGUUCUGGUCACUUGCAUGACUGCACGUGUUAUAGAAGGGAGCACUUUUCUUUUUACAGCUUAAAGACAUUUAUUUUAUUUGGGGCAUAAGGUUUCUGGUGUUGUAUAGAUUACAUCAUACAAAGGUCUGAACAGUUCCUCAUCAACACCCUCAAGAUUCUACCAAGGUGGUUCUGCAUC